AACGAAACGGACGUUAUAUCUAAUACCAAAGUUUUCUUUGGGAAAGCGAGCAAACCAAUUACAAGUUUAAGACAAGUAAACAGGACACGGUUCUGCUUUAAUGAACCGUUACUAAUAGGGAAGUUAUAUGAGAUGAAAUUUAACAACAGCACCACAGCGAAUACAAAGAUUUAUUCAAAUGAUAUGCUACUAUUCAACGAAACAAAUAAUUCUGAGUUGGUAUAUUUUACGUCAUUUACCGAAGAGCCAUGUUUUGACAUUAUCACAGAAGACACAAUCGAACAUCACAUGACUAUUAAAGAAAAGGGUCAUACAGAGUUCAUUACUUCCAGAGCGUUGUUAAAUCCAACUGUAUCGUGGACAACGGACGACAAGAUUUCACGGCAAUCCCUGCGCGUUCAACUAGGUAUGUUCACUGACAUCGCAUCAGAAAAAACGGAUUACCAAGAUGUGACCUUUGUAGAUGUUGGCAGUUAUCUUUCACAGUCAUAUGAAGGGUUUCAAACUCCAAAGGGCGUUACGACCAUUGAAAUAAAAAUGCGUGUUUGUAACAAAAUAAACACGUGCUCUGAAUCAAAUUUAACACAAAUAUUUCAUGUUGAAAGCCCUGUCAGAAACGAAUUGGUAAGCACGUCAGAAUUAAGAAACUCAAACGUGAGCUGUUUGCUUGUACACAUGAAUGGGAUACCCUUCCAGGCUGACAGUGGAAUUUUAUUCCAUCAGUGGUCAUUGUGCUUGGAUGAAGCUUGUAAAAGACAGAUUUCGUCUUGGAAGCUGUUGAACAUCACUGGAAGCACAUUUGAGGUGAAUAUAUGCAUUGCGCCUGAAACAUCAUUAAAGACAAAUACAUACGGAUGUAUACGGGCAUUUUCAACUGCUGGAAACGAAAUGACGUCUUGCGCGAAAACCAACGUUUCAAAUACGAAUACAGAUAGGACCAUAUUCGACUUUGAACUUACGUCAAAUGCAUGGAAACACGUACUGGAGAUUAAACACAGCUCAAAUGUUGGCGAACAAUACGAAAUUCUACAGAAUAAUGAGCUUGAUUUUGCCAACGGGAAGUCUGCGGUGGUUGGAGUCAUGCUUUAUGCCGAUCAGCGUAAUUUAACGUGGUAUCUGGUGACAACAUCUACAUUACCUCCGUCUGGCGAUUGUGACAAAAGUUCACAAUGCCAAAACUCUCUAACAACGGGGAAUGGUUAUGCGACGUUUGAUAUCACUCACCUUAUGCAGAACAUACGAUAUUACAUAUGUGCGUUUGCGGAUGAAUCGAUAGUAGAGCGUGAAUAUUCAACAGAACACUUGAGUUCGAUUCAAGAAUGCAGUGAUGGGUUUGUAGUAGACCGUGAGCCACCCUCAGCCGGAAACGUUUUAAUAGAAAACACAAAUGGCUUUGUUGCAAAUUUAAGAAGUAUCAAAAUAUACUGGAAAGGUUUUGCAGAUAAUGUGCACUCUUCAAUGAUGGGAUAUGACCGUGAUAUUGACUAUUAUAUGCUUGCAAUAGGUCACAGGAGGGGUCAAGAUGAUAUCAUGCAUUUCAGAAACGUUGGUCAUGUUCAUUCCGUAAACGAAGAUAUUCAAGCUGUCCUAAAUGGAGCAUCAUUUUUUGUAACAGUUAAAGCUGUAGAUUUUGCGGGACAUGAAACAAAGGUAUCGUCAGAUGAAGUACUUGUCGAUACAACGCCUCCAUUUGUGGGAGAUAUCCACAUUCAAAGUAAUUUGUACUCACCUAGAUAUUUCUCGAGCCAUAUAUUAUCAGUUCGAUUAAGUAACUUUAUGGACCAUGAGAGCGGAAUAGACUUUUUUGAAGUUUGUAUCGGCACAUACGUUAAUCUAUGUGAUACUGUCGAGUCCAAGCAGGAAUCGGUUGACGUCAUUGAAAUAGCAAUGGAAAAUGCUCUUAGGGAUGGAUCUACAUAUUUCAUUAAUGUUAAGGCGUUCAAUAGAGCCGGAUUGCCAUCAAGAACGGUCUCACGGUCUUUGUCAUUUGACAGUAGUCCCCCAGAGCUUGGCUUUGUUUUUGAUGGGACACGUAAAGAUGCGACUGAUAUCGACUUCCAAAAUACAUCAACGGAAAUACAUAUCCACUGGAAAGGAUUCAACGAUCCACACAGUGGCAUGGCGUACUAUGAGGUCGGUUUAGGGACUCGUCCAUUCGUUGACAAUGUGGAAAGCAUAAUUAACGUUGGCCUUAGAGAAGACUUUAAAUGGCUGGACAAUUUUCAACAUGGCACAAGGUAUUAUGCAACCGUAAAUGCUUGCAAUAACGCAGGACUUUGCCAGAAGCGAACCUCAAAUGGGAUAGUUAUUGACCCUUCUCCCCCGAUUCAAGGACUUGUUAGUAUUGGUUCGGGAUCCAAACACCAUCGAUAUGUUGCUAACAGAGGCUCCGUAACGGUACAAUGGGUUGGUUUUCAAGACCCGGAAUCUGGCCUGGAUCAUUUUGACAUUUGCAUCGGUGAUUCUCCAUCUAAUUGCAAAUAUCUACCAUACAAGCACUGCCAGUUACGGAACAGUAUUGUGUUGACCGGACUUUCUUUGCCAGAAAACAUAAACCUCUUUGUAACUGUAAGGGCGUUUAAUAAAGCUAAAAUCUUCACAAAUCAAACGUCAGAUUAUUUCCGAAUCGACACCACCGCACCAGUUAUUUUCGAACGCCCUCAAAUACGUCAUGAUAUGAGUGGGGUAUCUUCAAACAAUGGCCAAUGGGAAAGAUCACUAUUAAAACUAAAAUGGAAGUUUGAGGAUAAACAAAGUCCAAUCGUGAGCCACAUUUUAACUUUGAAAACCCAUCAUGACGGUCAUACUCCUGUGGAAUAUCUACACGUCGGGAAUAUUGACAAGCUAACAAUUAGUCUUCACGAAAAUGAUUUGUUAAAUAAUGGAGAUAAAUACUUCGUAACGGUUACAGGGUGUAAUCUUGCUGAUCUUUGCACAGAAGCAAUAUCAGAAAACAUCACUGUUGACUCCUCACCACCACAUGUUGGUGGAUUUAAGCCCCCUCUGAACUGGAAUACGUUUAAGAAAAAUGGAGGUGAGAUGCUUUCAAACGUAACAUUGACAUGGUAUGGAUUUAUUGAUCCUGAAUCUGAAAUAGAGUCCUACUUCAUAACUCUAAGCAGAACAUAUAGUGGUAAUGAACUGUCAAAUGAGACAAUAGUAGUAACAGCAAGUAAUCAACAUUCCGAAAUGAAUACGUCUAUCACAUUAGUUGAAACAAUAAAACCAGAUGACAUUGUCAUUAUUUCUAUCUGGGCAAUGAAUAAAAUUGGACUGAACAGUAGCGUAUCUCGAACAUCGGUUCUAGCAUUGUCUGGUUCAUCAAGACAUGGCAACAUUUCAACAGGCAGACUGGAAUUAGUCAAGCACUCAUGCGACGUUCAUUUCUGCAAUAGUGAUUGCACGUGCGCCGUCUUUGGGAAACCGUGUACUAUGAAAAAAGAUAACAUAACGUGUAACUCUAUGAAUGUUUCGGAAAUUGCAAAUGAACUUCCAACACUUCGUGUCGUAGCGGGAUUGACUGAAACUCACGAGGGAACGACAGCUUCAUCGAAUUGUUUGAGUGGAAAUUGGAAUAUUAUAUCAGGGAACGAAUCGGCAUUUGAAAGAUAUGAAUGGAGCGCAGGUCUUACAAACCAACCGAUCGGAGAAGGCAGCGAUGUUUAUGGAUUGACGAAUGUUGGGGUGAAUACUCAGAUAACAUUUAACACAAGCUCCCUGCUACAUGGCACGCGAUACUAUUGCACUGUUUCUUCAUACAAUAUCCUUGGGUUGCAUACAACAGGAAAUUCAGAUGGCUUUAUGAUUGAUAUUGAUAUUCCGAUUCAGGGCACGGUGUUCAACACACGAUCAUUUUCUAAUCGGCAUUUUCAGUCUUCAACAACAGAAUUUGAAAUAUCUUGGUAUGGCUUCACGGAUCAUUUGUCUGGAAUACGGUCGUAUGAGGUUGCGUACGUUGAAGCCAGUGAAACCAAACAAGAUCUGUUCUCGUUGUAUUUUGACGAAAAUGCAAAGUCUGACAGUAUUCAUCUGAACAUCAGUGAGUGUGAUAUGGAUAUUGGACACGUGCUUGACGUGGUGAAAGUACGACAAAUAGGGCCUUCUACUAUACGUGUAGUUCCUUUUAUUCUCGAUAGAGAAAGUGGAAUACGAAAGUGGUCACUCGGGAUUGGGACGACAGAAAAUGGUUAUCAGUUGCAGACUUUUCAAAAUAAGUUUCAUGGGUCCGAUGGCAUUGUCUCACUCAACGCUUCACAUGGUACAUCCAUAUUUGUUACGGUCAUUGUCGAAAACAAUGCUGGUCUGACCUCUACUUUAAAAGGUAACACAAUAAAGAUAGACAGGACACCGCCUGACGUUGUUGAGAUUAAAGCAGAGUUUCGAGCCAGUGACCUAAACGACACGAUAUUUGCAAGGUGGUCUGCGAAUGAUGAAGAAAGUGGCAUAGCGUACUGUUCCUGUGGACUAGGAAAUGUGGGCGGGCAGUCAGAUAUCAUUCCAAUGCAAGUGUCGGACAGCAUCGAAGGAUGUAAAUUAGUGGCCAUUGAAAAUAAAUCCGAAGUAUUUGUGAACGUUGUCUGUGUCAAUGGUAUGGAAUUGGAGACAUUUGCGUCGACAAAAGUGAAUGUAAUAAGACAUGUCCCUACAACAGAUGAUGCGAUCGUUAAUGUUGUACCGCUGAACGAGUACUCGCCGACACUUCGGGAUUGCGACGAAACCACGUGUACACAGUCUAACCAAAAUAAGUUAUGCUUGGAAUGGACUGGUUUUCAAGAUGUUCGCUAUAUAUCUGGAUACGAGUACAGAAUUCUCGUCGGCAAUUUCUCUGAAAGAAAGUGGAGUCCAUGCAAAAGACAUACGUUUACGGAAGUGAAUAUAAGAAUGCAGGAAAAUGUCAUCUAUACGGCAGAAGUCAGAGCUAUAAAUCGCAUAGGUCACAGUGCCGAAGUAUCCAAAGAUAUUCGUAGUUUGCCAAAUGGACCAGGCCUAACAGGGCAACCAGUGAAGACAGUAUUUUCCAACUCUACUCUCUUUUUGGACUGGCAGUCGGUUUUCGAACACACCGAGUUUGAAUUGCGAUAUGAUGUUAUGAUAGGUUCUCAGUCCGGUUAUACUGAUCUACUAGAGCUGCAGAACACCGGAAGUCUACAAUAUACAGUACCUGUGCCAACGUCCACCAUUGUUUCUCCAGUUAUUACGGAGCUCCAUAUUACAAUCAAUGCUAUAGGACUGACUGGAUUUCAGACGCGAUACGGUUUUGUUUACCGUUAUUAGCAUUACGACUGUGCUGCUUUGAAUAACUGUAUAAUGUAUAAAUUGUACUUUCCGUUGAGUUUUUUUGUGCUAGAACGAUAUUUUGUGUUACAGUAAACAGUGCUUCAUAUGUAUAUCAACAGUGCUUCAUAUAUAUUUCAACAGUGCUUCAAAUAUGAUAACAUGUAUGUCUAUUUUGUAUAGUAGCAAGUUGUAACUUUAUUUCCUUCUUUCUGGUAUUCUUUUAAUACUAACAUGAAUGUUGCAUAGGGAUACAAUAAAGUCAAUAGUCAUGGUUUCUUUGUUCCGGCUAGGAUAUAGUUUUUGUUUAAAAUGAACACUUAAAGGCAAACUAAAAACAGUGUCUUGUUAAAUUCUAGCACACUCAAAUACUUUAAAGUAUCUUUGAAAAUUAUAUACGAUCAUAGAACAAUAUAAGUUUGCAAUUGAGUCGGCAGGACAAGUAACGCGCAAGAAGCUCUUUUGAGAUAUAAGCCGACUCAUCUUCUGGGUUUAUUUGUUAAUUAUUCCUCUUAAGAAAGUUAGCCUCUUUCUCAGCUUUAAAUAUUUGAUAAACUAGUUUUAGAUAUUCUCAAGAUUAUAAAGCUUUAACAUAUUUAUAAUUAUAGUUCUAUUUUUAUUUAAUAGAUGAUACCGUUUUUACUGUAGUAUAUUUGUCGAGUUAAAUAUAGUGCAUAAGGGUAGAUAAUUGUGUUCUAUUUAUACGGAAUAGGGUAAAAUGGUGUUAUAAUGUGUAUAUCAUAUCGUGUAUAUUAUUAGAAAUCAUAUAUAGUGAAUGUACUCGUAAUGUGUGCUAUAAAGCAUAACAAUUUAUUCUCGUUCGCGUUGUGUUAAACUAAAAGCACGUAAUAAUCCCGUCAUAUUUGAAUCUAGCAUCAAACGUACAAAGGUUAUACAUGUAUAUGAUUUAUUGUGUAAUGAUUCCAUCCAAAUGUGUCCGUCCAAAACGAAUAAAUAAAUAUGUAUAUUA